AUGGCGGCGGCGAUGGCCGAGCAGGACGGCGCCCGCAACGGCGCGCGCAACCGCGGCGGCGUCCAGCGCGUGGAGGGCAAGCUGCGCGCCAGCGUCGAGAAGGGCGACUACUACGAGGCGCACCAGAUGUACCGGACGCUCUUCUUCAGGUACAUGUCCCACAGCAAGCAUGUGGAGGCCCGUGAGCUCAUGUACUCUGGAGCCCUGCUGUUUUUCAGCCAUGGCCAACAAAACAGUGCCGCAGACCUGUCCAUGCUCGUCUUGGAGUCGCUGGAGAAGGCGGAGGUGGACGUGACCGAGGAGUUGUUGGAGAACCUGGCCACCGUGUUUAGCCUGAUGGACCCCAAUUCUCCAGAGCGAGUGGCUUUUGUGUCCCGAGCCCUCAAAUGGUCCAGCGGAGGCUCCGGGAAGCUGGGCCAUCCCCGACUCCACCAGCUGCUGGCCCUCACGCUAUGGAAAGGUGAGGCUGGGCACCCCAUGGGGGCCUUCCAGUACUUCCUCAGGCUUUGAGCGCACUGUCUGGGCCAGUUGGUGGAGCUCACCUGUCUGUCCAGACU